GGGGCGCUAAGCAGUUGCCAGAUUGCACACACCCACGUUUUUAGUACAGCACUGAUCCUCCAAGCUCCUGUUGGGAUUCGGACCUCCCUCCAGAACUCCCAGCCUCUCCUUCUCCUUUUUUUCGCUUCAUCAACACCCCCUUUUUCUCUUCGGAAUCCGGCACAAUGGUUAAUUUCAAGUGGUCUUCUCUCGCCCUGCUCGCCCUGCGUGUCGCUACCGCCUUCGCCGCGGACGAUGCCGAUGCUGAGCCCGUCACCUCGGUGCCGGUCGAGGAACCCGAGCUGAAGGCCGACAUUGAGACGACCUUCCCGGAUGCCGACAUCUUCGGCGUCAAGAUCGUCAACGGUCAUGUCACCAAGGCUCUGGUCGAGAUUACCAAUCACGAAGAGACGCCGAUCGACGUCGCCUUCAUCGGCGGCGCGCUCAAGACCACUAAGCCGCUGCCCGAGGAUGCCCCCGCCUCCGCCGCCAUCCUGCGCAACCUGACGGCCGUCCGGUACGACGUCUCGAUCCCUCCCGGCGAGAAGCAUCAGCUUCCCUUCCAGUUCGUCCUCGACAUGAUGCCUCAGGACGUCAUUAUCGAACUCGUUGCCAUCAUCACCAACGCCGCCACCAACCAGAUCUUCCAGGUCCAGGCCCACAGCGGCACUGCGAGCAUUGUCGAGCCGCCCACCAGCCUGUUUGACCCUCAAAUCAUCUUCCUCUAUCUCUUCCUGACCGGCGUCUUCGGCGCGACCCUGUACUUUGUCUACAAGACCUGGAUCGAGGCGCUCUUCCCGCAGGCCAAGAAGGCUGGCGGACGCGCCGGCGGCAAGAAGGGCCGCAAGGGGGCCGCCGCCGCCGCCGCAGAUGCCGAUCCCCUCUCGGGCAACGAGUCGGCCGGCGCCACCAGCGGCGGCGAGGGCUCCAAGAGCUACGACGAGAGCUGGAUCCCGCCCCACCACAUCAACCGCCCCGUCGCGCGCCGCGUCAAGAGCGGCGCCAGCGGCAAAUCGAAAUAAAGAGCGCGCGCUCCCUACCCGCUUACUUUGCUGGUCCCUAGGCAUCGCUCUUUAUUUUUGAUUUUGCUCUGCCGGGUAUUACACAAUGUUUGGAUAGGUUUAGUUGGAUUGGGGCAGUAGUUGGAGUUGGUGAAGCAAAAGGGGGGGGAAGGGGGGGAAGAGAUAGAGAGGGGUCAGUUGUUGGGGGGGAAGGGGAAGAAGGGCUUCUUCCUGCGAUGAUCUCCGAUCCACCGGGGGGGAGGGGAGGGCACAGCAUGCAAAACACGAGAGCCUGUCACGCUCAAGGUGCCUCCGCCUUGUGCUGAACUCUGUCCAUGUAUUCCUGGUCUGUACAAUAUCCAUGGUUGGGUAACGUAAAGGGAAAAAACCGGGAAAAGGGAAGGGCACCUGCCAAACGGUCAAUGAAGCACCUCGUUUGCUUAUCUCUGCUAUCUGAGUCACACGUGAUGUUCUUCCCAGCAUGAUGUACCAAGUA